CCAAAUAGCGCGGCCAGACAAAACAAAACAGCAAAUCUAAUCCACUCCAACCCUUCUAGAAGCUUCAGCCUCCUUUGCUCCCCCUCCCAACUUCCUCCUCGCCCUUUCCCUACUCCAAACCCUAGCUUCCACUAGCCGCCGCGGCAGCGGCUCCAUGGAUCGGAUCGUCGGCAGCAAGUAUAAGCUGGGCCGCAAGAUCGGGAGCGGCUCCUUCGGGGAGAUCUACCUCGCGACGCACGUCGACACGUACGAGAUCGUCGCCGUCAAGAUCGAAAACAGUAAAACCAAUCACCCCCAAUUGCUUUAUGAGGCCAAGCUGUAUAAUGCUCUUCAGGGAGGGACUGGUAUUGCAAACAUAAAAUGGUGUGGAAUUGAUGGCGAGGAAAAUGUUCUUGUUAUUGAUUUGCUUGGGCCAAGUCUCGAGGAUUUGUUUGUUUAUUGCGGCCGGAGAUUCUCACUGAAGACAGUUUUGAUGUUGGCAGAUCAGAUGAUAACAAGAAUAGAGUUUCUGCACUCCAAGGGGUAUUUGCACAGAGAUAUCAAGCCCGAUAACUUCCUUAUGGGCCUUGGUCGAAAAGCAAAUCAGGUCUACAUCAUUGACUUUGGACUUGCAAAAAGAUACCGUGACUCAACCACCAAUCGCCACAUACCUUAUAGAGAAAAUAAAAACUUGACUGGAACAGCUCGCUAUGCAAGUUGCAACACUCAUCUUGGGAUUGAGCAAAGCCGAAGGGAUGAUUUGGAGUCCAUUGGAUAUGUUCUGUUGUAUUUUCUGAGGGGAAGUCUUCCUUGGCAGGGUUUGAAAGCUGCUACAAAGAAGCAGAAGUAUGACAAAAUAAGUGAGAAGAAACUUUCAACACCUAUCGAGGUUUUAUGUAAAUCACACCCUGUGGAAUUUGCGUCUUAUUUCCACUAUUGCCAUUCAUUGACAUUUGAUCAACGGCCAGACUAUGGAUUUCUGCGACGGCUCUUUAGAGAUCUGUCUGACCGUGAAGGUUACGCAUUUGACCAUGUCUUUGACUGGACAUUAUUGAAGUGUAAGCAAACCCAGAAGGUGAAGGCUCAACAGCAAGAUCCAGGUGUAAGUAGCAGGCAGGCUCCAAUUAAUAUGGACAAGCACCAAGUCAGUGGUUCACGGGCAGCUGAAGCCUCUGGUCAGCUUGAAGCAGAACAACGCCCGGCAAUCAGAAUGCAAAUAAGAUCUAGUGCCGAGAACAGCCGUUCAAAUAAUCGACAUUCUGAUAAAUUGAGGUUGGGUGCUAGCACCGAUAAUGCAUUUCUGCAAUCGACAUCAUCUGGUAAUGCUGAUGCCCAAAGGAAGAAUAUAUCAAUCUCGAAAACACAGGGGCUUGUUGACCCCCACAAUCAUGGAACUAAUAAUCAAGGGCCUUCAAACCAACUUUAACACUCAGAUCAGCUGGCUCCAGUUCAUGAUGGUCUAUUUAUUAAACCAUUGGGAAGCCAUCUCCUCUCAACUAUGACUGAACCGAUCUGCCCGGUGACAGGCAACUGGGAUGAACCACUGGUGUGACAGACCAUGGGGAAAGCGAUGCAGAGGUGCUGUGGAUCCCUAUCUUCGAUGGGCAGGAGGACUCGAUUGCUCGACCCCAAAGAGGAAGUUUCUCUGUCAAAGAAUACUUGCAAAGUUCAUGUGGCAAGUUUUUCCGAGGGUGGUACUACUGGAGGUACAGGGCAGACCAGCGGCUGACUGGAAACUGUUGUGGAAGUGGCCAUGCCCAUGUUGUUUUUUAUCACUUAAUCUGGCAUUUGGCACACAAAAAGUCCAUCUGCUCCGGCUGAACCUCUGCAAACUUUGACAUUGACACCAUCUGCCUGUUGCACCGCCGAUUUGAUGAAGAGGUCGCAAUCUUUUCCUGUGGUUUAAGGAGGUAAAGCACAGAUGGCUGCUGGUGGCUAACCCGUGGAUGUGUAGCAAUUCAUCCUAAGCUUCCAUUCUGCGAGCGUGUUGUAGUGCAGGAUAUCCUGGUAGUUUACUAGCACUGCAGACUCAAAAGCAUGUUUCUUCUUAUUGUGAUGGUGAGUUUGCUGAAACAAAACUUCAGCUGGAGGCAGGCAAAAGACUGAGAUUUCGUGUUUGACAUGGAACACGGCAGAAUUCUGGAACUGCUUUCACAAUAUUGCCACAUGGCCAUUUUGUGGAUCUGAUUGCUCAGUGAAUAUGUUUCAGCCGAAAAUUUGGAGCCAACGUGUAACCUGUCAGGUUUUUAAGGUAUCCUCUGUAUUGCAUGAGGUGAUUGCUACCUGAAAACAUGGUUGAUAAGCUGCGAUGAAAUCAGCAUCAGUUAUCAUUCAGUGGUGAAGAAUUCGCCUUUUCAUAUUAGUAGUAUGUGGAUAAUACUUGGAAGCUAACGUAGGAAUGGCAGUAACCUAUUUUGUGUUCUAUAUGACCGUACAAUAUGAGACCUCAUCUGGGCUCAUUGAUUCAGGGUUCUUUGCCAGUAACAAUACUGGUGCUGUAUUCUUUGAAAGAGAGCUUGGUGACUCACUGGAAUACCUGUAGCUUUAAUUAGGGAGCAGCGUCGGUGCGAUGAUGAACACCCCCUUUUUACGUCUCACUUGGAUCUCCCUCUGAACUUAUAAUUACUUUAACUUAUGCUCUCAAUCUGCAAGCAGAAAGCAGCGUCUUAUUCAACUUAGAUGGGCUUUAGCAUCAAAUAUGUUCGUGUCAGAUCCCAACAAGGAUCAUGAAGAGUGAGUUGGGAAGAUGUGAUUGUUUUGUUAUCCUGGGCGUGUCUGGAUGACUAUUGUGACUGGUUCUGACAAUUUGCCUGAUUUUGAUACAAAUGGUUUUGUGUUCAUGUGAGAACUGGUGAUAAAGAUCCUCCUCCAUUGUCUUAACCUGGUGCAGAUGAAGAUAAAGGAGAUCACAUACUCAAUCUACCAGAGCAAGAAAGCCUUGCCGGUUUCUGUAAUAUUUUCAGCCGAGCUAAAAUGAUCAUUGAUGUACUAUUGUGAGCCCUGCUGGGUACUGCCAAGAAUUUGUGUUUCACUAGUUUCUCAUGGAGUAAUUUUUAUAGAAUCUUCAUGUUUUCAGUCA